AUGCAGCCAGAUUAUGUGCUUGACCCUCGCGGCAAGGUCAUCCUCGUCGUCCACAAGCCCAACGCCCCAUUCGCCGCGUGGUUCCCCCCAGUUCUUUGCAGCACUUCCUCAGACCCGGCGACCUCGGAUCCAACAAGAACGAACCAUGAAAACAGUACUGAGAGAGACGUUGGGAAUAAUGAUAGUUGGGGGAAUGGAAGCACCAACGACGAAGAAUCUCCUGCGUUGGAGUCCGAAACCGAGAAAGACGCCGAGGGCGAUGGUAACACCCAGACAACAGAAGUUCAGACCCAGCAAUCCGAAAAGGACGCCGACGAGGCAGCUCCAGACGUCCAGAUCCAAGUCUCGGAGAGACACCUCACUCUCGUUUCCCCGGUCUUCGAGAAGAUGCUUUGGGGCGACUUCAAAGAGGCCAAGGAGUACAAAGAAAAAGGCUCGGUAGUAAUCGAUGUCGGCAGCUGGGACGUGGACGCCUUGCUAAUCGUCCUCAACAUCCUGCAUUGCCAACGCUUGGGGAUUCCUAAGAAAGUGACCGUAGAGCAGAUGGCACAAAUCGCGGUUAUAGCGGACUACUACAGCUGCGAUUUCGUGCGAUUUUUCGGCAGUUUAUGGGCUCCGUGUCUCCCUAAGAAGCCAUGCACAUCAGACCCCCGGGAGUUGAUGUUGGGGCUUUGGAUUGCCUAUUUCUUCCGUCACUCACUUACCUUUACCAACUAUUCGCGUGCUAUAAUGGAAUAUAGCGAGUCUAUCAUUUCGUCACUUGGUCUACCCCUGCCAGUUACGGUAAUAGAUGCUAUGAACGAUAAGAGGAUCGAGGCCAUCAGUCGAGCUGUCAGCGAGAUGUAUGAGCAGAGAGACUGUCUGCUUUCGGACACUAUACCCAUUACACAGAACUGCGACUCGGAGUGUAGAUCCGUGCUACUGGGCGCAUUCAUGAGACACAUGUACAAGCACCAGUUCCACGUCCAGGCACCAGAGGCCCCCUACGUCGGGAUACAACUUGCCAGAGCCCGCGAGGUUAGGAAUUUUCAAGCCCGGUUGUGGAUGAGGCGUUGCGAGCGUGAGGAGGAAAGCUCGAGCGACUUGUUCGAAUACCACGACUGUAAUGAAGAUAAUGCCUUUAGGGCUCGCUUCGAGGCAUCGUCGCCUAGUGGACUGGACCUGGCCGAGUACACGAACUGA